AUGGCUUUUAAUAAAACAAGGACGACUCUUGAUGAAGCUAAGUUGGAAAAAACAGUUGAUUUUUAUGAGAAGAGUAAAUUUAAAUUUACGAAAUCCAGUGGAACAGUACAGAAAGCCAACUUUCACGAAUUAAACAUAACCGUCGCUCUUAUAAGUCUGAGAAAUUAUCCUAAUCUUGAUGGAACUUUCGUUGAAAAGCUUCAAAAAUUAAAAAAGCUUAGAGGAUCUCCUCAUAUUAUUAAUUUCUACGGAAUAGCUAAAGGUGCAAAUAAUUUUAUUAACUCUACAAAUAUUUUAGUUCAUAAUCAUGCAAUGAUGAUUUCAGGUAUUGGACUAAGUUCAAGUGGUAAAAAACGAGAUGACAUAUAUCGUUUUGGAGAAAUUCUUUCGAAAAUUUUCAAAAAUUCAUUACAACCUAAUUUAUUGAAUGAACGUAAUUUAUUGGGUGAAUGUAUUGAACUUUGUAACAAAUGCAUGGACAAAAACAAUCCAAAUCAACCAACAAUCAAAAAAGUUUAUGAAGACUUAAUGCAAUUAGAAGAUGGUGGAUUUAUUAUUGAGAAAAUAUUUCAAAG